UGCUGGAGCAACAGCAGAGCGGACACCGACCCAGCACGGACGGUAGCUGUAUGGUACAAGACCACUAGCGAGAUCAUUUUUCUCUUCUUCUUAGGGACCGGCUUUAUGAUUAAGCUACAAUCUUCAAUGAGUAAGCAUAUCCCUCAGUUCUGUGGUGUUCUUGGUCACACAUUUAUGGAGUUUCUGAAGGGCAGUGGGGAUUACUGCCAGGCACAGCACGACGUCUAUGCAGACAAGUGAACUGUAGGAACAUAUUAUUACUCCACAAAGAAGCCCCCUUAAGGAGCUGAGCGCCUGGCGGUAUCUGGGAAACCAGAGUGUUGAACUUGCAGCAGUGGCAGAGCGUUCAUCUCACCUGAGGAGAAAACACCUGGAUGGGGUAAUCUUCGAGCACACUGCCUUCGACGGCUUCCGUCUAUUCGGAUUUGAGAAGAUCUUUGGAUUUGUUUGGAGAGGUCCAUCGCCCACUUUGCCCAUCCCUUUCCCACCCCAUUCCAGGCCCCUCAACUUCAGACCAGCAAAGGCUGAGUUUUUUUCUUGCAAGGAAUAUAAGAAGACACGUUCUGUCCUCCCGCCUGGUUCGUCCACUCUUUCAUUGGGUUAUUAAAAAGUAUUGUUUGUCACUGAAUUUGUAAAUCUUUUCACAAUGGCCCGUAUGAAUCGCCCUGCCCCUGUGGAGAUCACGUACAAGAAUAUGAGAUUCCUCAUCACUCACAACCCCACCAAUGCCACCUUAAACAAGUUCAUAGAGGAAUUGAAGAAAUAUGGAGUGACCACCGUUGUUAGAGUAUGUGAAGCCACCUAUGAUGCUGCACAGGUGGAGAAAGAAGGGAUUCAGGUUUUGGAUUGGCCCUUUGACGAUGGAGCUCCUCCCUCCAACCAGAUUGUUGAUGAUUGGCUGAACCUCCUGAGGGCCAAGUUCCGCGAGGAGCCUGGCUGCUGCAUCGCUGUCCAUUGCGUGGCGGGGCUUGGAAGAGCCCCAGUCCUGGUUGCCCUUGCCAUGAUAGAAUGUGGGAUGAAGUAUGAAGAUGCUGUCCAGUUCAUCAGACAGAAGCGCCGUGGUGCAUUCAACAGUAAACAGCUCCUUUAUCUGGAGAAGUAUCGUCCAAAGAUGCGCCUGCGAUUCAAAGACUCCAACGGCCAUCGUAACAACUGCUGCAUCCAGUAGGGCAGAAGUCAUUCGCCACUCGCUAACUCCCCCUACAGAAGGCACAGAGUGUUUGUGUUGUGGCCACAUGUUGUGCAGAUGCCCCUUGAACCCCCCAAUUCAGUAAACGAUAUGUAGGUACAUCCAUAGGAAACCAUGACACAUCACCUUUCAACCAACACCCAUUUUGCCCAAUCCCGUGAUUUCUCAAAGGUACCCUCCACUGUUUUAAAAGUUGGUCUAAAGAUAUUAAAAAUAAUUUUACCGUUGCAAAUUAUUGGGAUGGCUUGGUCGGUUAAUAUUCAUCUUCAACUUUUGGGGGUUCAUAGUUUUUCAGCUUUUGUACCCAGCAAAAAACUGCCCCCCCCCCCCCCCCCAAUAGUAUUUUAUUUUAGUGUAGCUGUUUCAGGGUGUACUCUAAGAAGAUGUAAGGGUUUUCCUGGCCUUUUGUGCCCAGAUUCCUCCUGUCGGGAUGACACAUAGCCAGCUUCCAACCAGCAAACUACCAAUAACAUGUUGUUGUGUAAAAAUAGUUUGCUGUAUUGAUCUCGUAAGAUAAAAAUGUUAUAAUUCUACAAGUAGGAAGAUGCAGGAGCCAGCUGCUUACAUAAGUUACAGUUGUUACGUGCUCUCCAACUGACAACCUUUUAGCUACUGUGCUCUGCUCGCUACUGCUAUGUAACCAUCAAUUAAUAUAGCUACAUGGCUGAUGUUUAUAGCGAAUUUAAAUCUGGUCAAAAUCUCACCAAUUGGAAAGACUGCAUAAUGUCUUAGUCCCGUACAUUCCUGUGAUGCAAUGUGUAAAAGUUUUUGAAAAGGGGGUUCUAGCCAAAAACUGCAGGUGUCCAAUUUUUUUACAGCUCCUUAAACUGCCCAGACUGCUGACAUAUCUCAGCUCAUGGCUGCACAUUGGCUUGAAGGCACCACUUCUGUACUUAACAUGAGUCUCUUUACCCUUCUGGGAUGUUUGAAUUUACCUUUUUUCUGUGUUUAAAAUCUUAAGCGUGACAGUUGCUGAUUGAAUUGCUCUAAAAACACAUUCAUGUUUCUGAAACAAUUGUACAUUCAUCACAACUAACAAUCUAUUUGUGUUUUAGGGGCAAAUCUUUUGAUUCCAUUUUUUAUUAAGAAGAUGAUCAGAUGAUGCAUUGACAUUUUUUCCAUAACAUUGUUGAAACCAUGCCAAUUGUGAAAUGCACACCAGAGCUGGUCAAUAACAUUUUUAGUAUUUAGUGAAAGAUCAGUUGCUAUGUUAAACGAGGAACUGAUGCCUAGGAAGAAGAGGGGAGUUGUUGCAUUCUUGAAACAAAGCUAGAGAAAAGCAGCUUUUCACAGUGGCUUUCACAUCAGAGACAUAGAGGCACUUACGCUUUUUUGGCUCAAAAUUACUUGUUUGCAUGAUAUUAGACAAGUAUUUGGAAAGGGUUGAGUUAACACUUUCCCUGAGGUCUGUGAUGCUAAGGUCAUCAGCGCUUGUAAGUGGUAACUGUAGGAAUGGAAAACCAGCUGUACCCUUGCAUAUAGCUGCACGAUCAUUGAUUUGCUGGCAUUGCCUCACUUUGGUUUGUUCUGACUAAAUUCUGGGGCGUAUUCUUGGCAGCGUCAUCCAACCACUUGUCUCUACCAGUUAUACUGAUACGAUCUAGAUGCACUCCACUAAUCGUGAAACCUCCAUUUGAGAAAGAACAGAAAUGUAUGCACUUUUCACUGCUUUGCAUGGUUCGACCCCCCCCCCCCCCCAAAAAAAAA